AAGAGCGUAAAAAGCAGCACGAAGAAAAGGAAAAAUCGGCUGUGAUUUCAGGUGCCUCCACAAAUAAUGUAGCUGGUAAAAUACCUCAACCAUUAAAGUCAUCAAAUUCAGUAUGGAUGAACAAUAGUCCUGUUACACCAUCCACACCUGCUCCAUGGGCUAAAGAUGAUGAUCAUCCGACUCAAAAAACUCCAUCUUUACGCGAAAUUCAAGAAAUGGAAGCCCGAAAAGCCGUUGAAAGAAAAGCUGCUGCUGCUGCAACUGCAAGUUCAUAUACAUCUACUUAUAAGGAUGAUGUGACAACUUCAACUACUUCGUGGGGCAUAGUUGUUCCUACGUCAUCUAACGAAUCAGACUCGUCUUCACUUUCUACUUCACCCGUUGUGACCACACCAGCGUGGCAAUCAAACAACACUGCCCCCAAAAAGACACUUAGAGAAAUUCAAAAAGAGGAGGAAGAAGCGAUGAAAAAACGUAACAAGAUGCGUGAGAUGCAACAAGCGUUGGUUAGCUCUUCCGCAUCUA